ACACGCACACACACGCACACACACGCACACACACACACACAACAAUGGGAGAUACAAAUUGCACAUUCACCAAGGGUGAGGGAGCAUACGUCAUAGAAGGCGAGGAACAGUACAGCUUGGAUGUGACUGAGGUGCCUCGCAAAGGUGGACCGGGUAUCACCCAAUCAGAUCUGCUGAUCAUCAACAAGACGGAUCUGGCAGAGGCUGUGGGAGCUGAUUUGGGAGUGAUGGACAGAGAUGCCAAACGCAUGCGUGGAGACGGCCCCACCAUCUUCACUCAAUGCAAACACCACGUGGGCAUUGACAAGGUGUGUGCACUGAUCCUGAAGUCAUGGGCCGCCCAGACGGGGAAGAAGAUAAAGGAGUAGGUAGAUGUAAGCAAGGUGUACAUAGUGGGGUAGGUAAAUAUAUGCCAAGGUGUGCAAUGCCACAGUAGGUAGAUGUAAGCAAGGCCUACUUAGUGGAGUAGGUAGGUAUAUGCCAAGGUGUGAAAGGUCACAGCAAUAAAGAACGCUGAUGACUGGGAAGAAGAUAAAGUUGAAGGUAGAUGUAAAAAAGGUGUACUUGGUGGAGUAGGUAGAUAUAUGCCAAGGUAUGCAAUGUCACAGUAAUAAAGGUCGCUGAUGACUGGAAAGACGAUAAAGGAGUUGGUAGGUGGUAGGUGCAAGCAAGGUAUACUUACUGGACAUUUAUAUAUAUGCUAUGGUGUGCAAUGCCACAGUAUUAAAGGUCGCUGAUGACUGGGAAGGAGAUAAAGGAGUGGGUAGAUGUAAGCAGGGUGCACUUAGUGGGGUAGGUAGAUAUGACAAGCUGUGCAAUGUAUCAGUAAUAAAGGUCGCUGAUGACU